AUGAACUUGGCACACGCGUAUGAGACACCGACGGACAAAUCACGGCUUAUACAAACUGUCUCGUUGGCUUUGAUGAUGAUUUCCAUCUUCUCCGUGCUAAUUCGUUCCACUGGGCGCGUCAUGUCAGAUGCAGGAGUUCUAAUGAUCCCACAAUCGAUUGUAGUGUCACUAUUUGAAGCGGCCAAUGGACUAGGUAAACCCUACGAUGUUACGCCUUCGGAGGCGUCUCACGCCCUGCAGGCGACUCUCUCAAAGGCUCAAUACGCGUCUGAUAUUCUUUUCAUCGCCUCGUUGUCCGCCUCGAAGCUCUCAGCCAUUGCCAUGAUACGUUCUUUGGAAGAUAGGUCCCGCGAGACUCGAACAUGCGUGAUGAUCAGCAUCAUCUUGACUCUCAUUUGGGCGGUAUUCUCCAUCCUAGGGAGGAGCUUCAGUUGUCCACUGCCAAGAUUCUGGGAUUAUAUUGACGGCCAGUGCGACAGAAAUACUGUUAUUGCCCUGAGGAUUGGCGCUGAUGCUUUGCAUAUUGCCACUGAUUUACUCGUCACUGGAGUAUUUCUAAGGAUCUUCAUGCGUCUACAGAUGGCUUUGCGCCCUAAACUUGAAAUCAUCGGCCUCUUCCUCUGUCGCAUCCUGUCUUUACUCCCUGCUACAUGCCAUAUUUACUAUUACAAGCGCGCGAUGAACUCAGAAAACCCUCUAUUUGACAUCUGGAUUUCAGUAGUUCUGGUUCAGAUUAUGCAAUGCGUCGGCAUUACAAUUACAUGCAUCCCCCUGUUGAAACAGCUCUUGCGGAAACUCAAACAUGGCAAGACAGUUGGCGACGGACAUGUCGGGUCCAGAAGCAGCGGUCAUCAUCCCCAAUCAACAGACAGCCUUGGUUAUGAUCUUCAGGCCCCAGGGCAUGCGCCUGUGGGUGAUCAUGUCACAUCGAGCCAGGAAGCUCUUGUGUAG